GGGAAAAGUGACUGCGGUGGUUUUCCUUCUUCCAGAGCAAAAUGCAGAUCUUCGUGAAGACCCUGACUGGCAAGACCAUCACCCUGGAGGUGGAGCCCAGUGACACCAUUGAGAAUGUCAAGGCUAAGAUCCAGGACAAGGAAGGCAUUCCUCCAGAUCAGCAGAGGCUCAUCUUCGCUGGCAAGCAGCUGGAAGAUGGGCGCACCCUGUCUGACUACAACAUCCAGAAGGAAUCCACCCUGCACUUGGUGCUGCGUCUCAGAGGGGGCAUGCAGAUCUUUGUGAAGACCCUAACUGGCAAGACCAUCACCCUGGAGGUGGAGCCCAGUGACACCAUUGAGAACGUCAAGGCCAAGAUCCAGGACAAGGAAGGCAUUCCCCCUGACCAGCAGAGGCUGAUCUUUGCUGGCAAGCAGCUGGAAGACGGGCGCACCUUGUCUGACUACAACAUCCAGAAGGAAUCCACCCUGCACUUGGUGCUGCGUCUCAGAGGGGGCAUGCAGAUCUUUGUGAAGACCCUGACCGGCAAGACAAUCACCCUGGAAGUUGAGCCCAGUGACACCAUUGAGAAUGUCAAGGCUAAGAUCCAGGACAAGGAAGGCAUUCCUCCAGAUCAGCAGAGGCUCAUCUUCGCUGGCAAGCAGCUGGAAGAUGGGCGCACCCUGUCUGACUACAACAUCCAGAAGGAGUCCACCCUCCACUUAGUGCUGCGCCUGAGGGGUGGUAACUGAACUGGCCAGUUGUUGUUUGCUUCCAAGUGAAAGUUUCUCUGCACUUGUUCAUUCCAAUAAAGCUGUUGCAUCCACAAAA